AUGGUGAACCUCGGCCUAGCACGUAUCACCCCUCUGCUCAAGCAGACACCACAAACAUGGAAAGCCAUCCAUGUUGCUGGAACGAACGGCAAAGGCUCUAUAUGCGCAUAUCUUACUGCUAUGUUACGUGCCAAUCAAAUAUCAUGCGGCAGGUUUACUUCACCCCAUCUCGUUGAACCCCGGGAUAGUAUCACUAUCAACGAUAUUACCGUAUCGGAAACGAAAUUCAAGCACUUCGAAGACCUUGUGAAGAAGAGAAAUGAAGAACAUCAUCUUGGCGCGAGUGAGUUUGAACUCCUCACAGCCACAGCUUUUGAGAUAUUUGAAGCCGAAAAGGUCGAAGUUGGUGUAAUCGAAGUAGGAUUAGGCGGGACGCUCGAUGCGACGAACGUGCUAAAACAGAAAUGCAUCACCGUCAUCGCCAAGAUCGGCCUCGACCAUCAAUCAUUUUUAGGAAAUACAAUCGAGGAGAUUGCCCUUCAGAAGGCUGGGAUCAUGCGAAAAGGGGUUCCCUGUGUCGUGGAUAGCAGUAAUCCAAGGUCUGUUUUAGAUGUUCUUCAAAAACACGCCGACGGAACAGGUAGUACCAUCCAUUUCGCGGACCCGCAGUCAGACUCACUGGUGGAUAAAUUGCGGGCAAAUCUCGAACCACACCAGCAGCAGAAUCUAUCGUGCGCGCAUGAGGCUUUUCGACUUGCAUAUCCAAAACUUGCGAGUUCUACAGAUAUUCUUGUUUCCGCUGCCCGGGACAUGGUAUGGCCGGGGCGCCUUCAGAAGUUAAGCAUCGAGAAUACCACAGGUAGGAAGGAGAACAUUCUAUUAGACGGAGCUCAUAACCCCCAAUCUGCAGAAGUACUCUCCGCCUAUAUCGAAAAGCACCUACGGCCCCUGAAUAAGCCAAUUACCUGGGUACUUGCCGCUACACAAGGCAAAGAUGUAUCAGAAAUGUUCAAGUUACUACUCCGUGACGGCGAUUCCAUAACGACAGUCGAAUUCGGCCCUGUCGACCAGAUGCCCUGGGUCCAGCCGACAAAUUCAGCAACAUUGCUCAACACCGCAAGCCAAUGCGGUGCUGCUAUAUCGUCACGGUUUGACGCAUCUACGGACGUGCGCUUAGCCCUGAAUUGGGCAAGCCAAAAUUCAAAUGAAGGGCCGCUUGUUAUUGCAGGGAGUCUUUAUCUUGUAUCUGAUAUUUUCAAAUUGCUUAUUAUGCCUCUACAAGUACCAGAGCACUUAAUCAUAGUAUGCUGCCACGGAAUAUGGCUCGAGGGAUCCGAAAACGGUCACGAUGAGAGUGAAUGGCUCAUCGCUGGGUUUCAAAAGGGCGAGACGCCAACAUUCAUCAACCAUAUCAAAAUUGGACUCCGCGCCUUGAAAGAGAAUGAUAAUUAUGUGUUGAUGUUUUCAGGAGGCCCCACAAGAAAGGAAACCCAUCUAUCGGAAGCACAAAGCUACGCCAACCUCGCCAGCGCAAACUCAUACUUCGGAAUCGUCUCCGAGGCUGAAGUUACGGGUCGGAUAUCCUGCGAAGAGCGUGCUCUCGACUCAUUUUAUAACGUUUUAUUCUCGCUUACCAAAUUUUGGAGCGAGUACCACACCUGGCCAGAGAAAAUAACCAUAGUGAGCCAUCUCUUCAAACACGAGCGCCUCGUGAAUCUCCACUGCAGCGCUAUUGGGUAUCCUCUUAAUCGUGUUACGUUCUUGGGGUCGGAUCCACCGGGUAUGACGGAUGGCACCAACGAGGCCGCCAUAAAUGGUAUCGUUGAAGCAGAUAAUCAAUGGAGGGAGGAUCCUCAUGGGAAGGGGGAGCUUUUAGCUAAUAAACGUCGGAAAAGAAAUCCAUGGGGAACCGCUCAGACGCUUUUCCUUGAUGAUGGUGAUCGAACGCGCAGUGGUGUACAAGUCAAGAUCAUUGAGGGAGAGGAAUAUCUUGAAGGAAGUCUUCAGCCAUGGUCAAACGUAUGA